AUGGGUGUCGACCAAACCGAACGGGCAGGACUGCCCAAAGUCAUCAAGAAAAGGGCACCUCGAGCUUGCGAAUCUUGCCGGGUUCGCAAAGUACGUUGUGAUGUGACGAAGACAAAGUCUCCAUGCACCAACUGCAAGCUUGAUUGCAAGACUUGUAUUUUACCAGUUAGCAAACGGCGACAUGUCGGUGAUCGUGUUGUUGGAUCUUUAGCAACAACCGGCAACCCUCACAGCCCCAUUUGCGAUGCUAUCAUCGACUUUGGCGACCUCGAAACUCCAUCUUCUACUACUUCCAAAGUGACCUCCCCUGACCUCAACGAUAAAACCAUGACCGACAUCAGCUUUGACGAUCUUCUACUCGAGAGCACUUCUGGUCAUGGCCACGAAGGCACCCAAUUUUCAUGGGAAAACAUGACUUGGGAUUUUAAAUCUCCCACUCAUGUCGAACCCAAGACAGAGCCGUUUUCGGCUUAUCCCUCACCAGCACAAUCAGUCAAACUCGAACCCUGCAUAAAACCUUGCACUCUUCCCGCCUACAUUACACCGCUACCAAAAACACUCCAGGAAACCGAUGCCAUCUUUCUACAAAGUCGAGGCUGUUUCACCAUUCCCCCCGACUCAGCCAGGGACGAACUACUACGCUGUUAUGCCAAAUGGGUUCAUCCCUUCACCCCAAUGCUCGACUUUGCCGAAAUUGUCAACACAAUCUUCGGAUGGAGAUCAACCGAAACCGUCAGCCUGCUUUUAUUACAGUCAAUGCUUCUCGCAGCAUCGGCUUACACAGACCUGGAUUUGGGUCUUGGUGACCGGAAGGAAACGCGCCAAGCGCUGUAUGAGCGCUGUAGGCUCUUGUACGACUUUGAUGUCGAAUCUGACCGAGUCUCUUUGCUUCAUUCCGCGAUCCUGAUGAGUUUCUGGGAUGGCAGCAUGGACCAAGUUCGAGACAGCUACCAUUGGAUUGGAGUCGCAUCGUUACAUGCCGAGAGCAUCCGAUUUGAUCUCGAGGUCGAAUCAUGUCCAACAGAGUCGGACAGAAAAAGACUUUUAAAGAGAACCUGGUGGUCUUUGCUGAUUCGAGACCGCCUCCUUGCCGUUGCUCUUAGGCGACCUGCACAAGUCAAAGCCUUGUCGAGCAUGGCUGUGCUCGAUUUAGGCGAUUUCGACAAUGACUCUAUCUUCACUGCUAUGGCCGAUCGCUUGGAUGUUGAUGAUACAAGCAUUGCCGAUCUUGAUAUGACGUCUACCCUCUGCAUUUCGCUCGCACAGCUCUCUGGCCACUUGGCCAAGAUUCUCUCGACACAGUAUAUUGUGCAAAAACGAAAUAAGAUGCAAAACGGCCGACAGACAAGCAUGAUGACAUUGGUACCGAAAUGUGUCGGUGGGACAUGGACUGACUUCGAUGAAUGCGGUUUGGACCUGCAGGCAUGGUAUCGGCAGCUGCCCUUGUCAAUACAAGGAACAAGCAGUGCUCGUUCCAGGGAUGAAUCUGCACUGAUAACAGUCCACAGAAGUCUGGUGACUGCAUAUCAUGCGACAGCACUGAUGACACUUUACCGACCAAUCCAUUCGGGACCUGCGGCAAAACAAGUGCAGACAAGACUGCGGAUGGAAACUACAAAAGCACUUUUCAAGGCAGCAAAAACCAUCACGUCUAGCCUUGCCAACCUAUGCUCUAGAGAUCUGCUGUGUAAGGUGCCAGACACGGCGAUUGCAUCCCUGGACUCAGCCAUAGUGACACACUUGCUCCACAGCAUGUCUGGCACAGACUCCGUUCGAGAAUCAAGCUCUCAAAGGUUUUAUCUUUGCUGGCGGAUGCUUCUCAAUCUUGGAGAGAUUUACCCAAUGGCAGACACAACCAUCGCAAUGGUCAAUGUGGCCGCGAAGGUACUGAGAGAGACGUCAUUUCGAACCAGCGUCAAACCGACUCGCCAAGUGAUGAUGCCGAGAACCAAUCCGCCACAACCACAAACUAUUGAUAUGACGGCAUUUGCGAACAUGGGUGUGACCUUAGAGCCGUCGAAGGAGAGCGAUCCAUGGAGCUGGUAUGAUAGCAGGGAAUUUCUAGCGCAAAAGACACCGUCAAGUUUGUGCGACGAUGUUGAAGAUGGGAAUAGAAAUAUGAACAAAGAGUCGGACCUCUUCGAACAGAUGAUUUGCUGGGAUCCUCAAUAUGGAGGAGGGGAGGAUUUGUCUGCGUAG